UUUCUCCUCGUCUUUCCUCGCUCCGACAGCAGCAAUCCAGGACUCCCACCAGAGUACCUAGCCACCCUCUCGAUUGGUGUCGCUGGCCCGCCUCGGCGUAAGACCGACAAUCCCAGCCAGCCCUCCCUCGAGACAAACACGAGGCUGCUAGGUCUUUCUAGAUACCCGAGCCAGCGUAUCAUUGCGAAUCUCAAGAGGGCUCCCCUCCCGGCACCAUGUCAGGCCGGCCCAGCAGCAGCAGCAGCUCGAGAUCGAGCUCAGGCUCGCACGCUUCCGGCGACUACGAGGAGCUCCGCUUGCCCAACAGCAAGGCCAUUAAGGCGCUGAUCUACUUCUGCGGUCGAGACCCUCGGAAAGUAAAGAGCGUCCGCCGCUAUUACGACGACGACUUCGACGACCGGAGCUCCGGCUCCGGCUCCGGCGGCUCCAUGUUCUCGCGGUCGAGCGGAACGAGCCACGUGUACCUCGUCGAAUCCACUCACCCCUAUUGGUAUCAAGACGGGCACCCAGACGCCGCAUCCUACUCGUUCUCUGCCAGAAAACGCAAGCUCUCAAAGAAGGGCAGGCACGCGGACGUAUUCCCGAGAAGCCCGCGGACGAGCACCUGGAACAGGCAUGCCCGGGUCGACGACGACGCCGACUACGACGACGACGACGACGACAGCAGCAGCGAAGGCAGCGCCGAGGGCUACGGCGGCCAGUAUGCCGGUCCGUAUCCGCCGCACCCCGGGAAUACGCCAUCUCAGGGUGUUCCUCCUCCUCCUCCUCAUCCUCAUCCUCCUCCUCAUCAUCAUCCUGGUUUUCAGGGACCUCCUCCCGGGGCCUUCCAGCCCGUGUAUAGCUACCCUCCCCGGACCACCCCGCAGCCGACUCCCGUGGCCAGCUACCCUGUCCCUCCACCGCCGCCGCCCGCGGCAGCGGGAGGCAUGCCGCCACCGCCUCCCGGAGGCCACUUUGUGCCCGGCCGUGGAGGUGUCCAAGUGUUUGUGGAUGGCUGAGAGCGGUGAUUUGGUUUGGUUCCUCGAGUACAUCUCGGGUCAUACGGUUUACGAACGGCGUUUUUGUCUUUGGGUACGAUGUCCUCCAUGGCGUUUGGGUUCAGGCGUUGUUACGGGCAAUGCUCUCUUGUAACCUC